AUGUCUAACUACUUAUUUAGAAUCUACAUUAUUCUAAUCAAGAUUAUCUGUAAGGAAUAUUUAUAUUACUAUUUUAGUAAUUUGGAGUUGCAAUCCAGGAUAUUAUUAGUUUAUGGGCAAAUGUUUAAAUGUGAGUAAUUGUUCAUCUGGUUGCUUAAUUUGUCCAAAUAGUGUAACUUGUGACUAAUGCCAACCAAAACUUUAUCGAUAUUCUUAAACUAUUUUAGGUGUUGCUACUUAUAAGUGUGGAGCUUGUUCUAAUGGAUGUGAUAUUUGUAGCAAUUCGAGUAACUGCUCAAAUUGUCUUCUAAAGUUUUAUAUAUCAGGCUCAAAUCGUUAAGCUUGUCCUAGUUAGUGUGCUACUUGUACAUCUAGCACUGUAUGUGAAACUUGCGUGGAUCCAUAUAAUUUAAUUGGAACUACUUGCUCAGUUUGCGAUAUUUCUUGCAAGACAUGUUCAGGUUCUAGUAGCACUUGUUAUCAUGUGAUGUUGACAAAUAUCUUUCGAGUUCAGAAUGCUUUCCUUGUUCGACACCAUGUUCUGCUUGUGUCAAUAAUUCAAAUUAUUGUACAGCAUGCAUUGAUAGUAAUAAAAAUGCUAUUAAUUUUUAAUGUGUUUUUAAGGAUGGUUAUUAUAGUGAUGGAUCAAAUUAAUGUUAGCCUUGUACAUCACCAUGUUCAAAGUGUGAAAAUAAUCCAAAUGAUUGCACUUAAUGCAUAUCUACUUUUACAUUAAAAUAGGAUACCUAAUAUCAAUGCGAAUGUUAAUAUGGCUAUUUUGCGGUUGAUUCUCAAACAUGUUAAUAAUGUUAAAGUCCAUGUUAAACUUGUGAAUCAAUUUAGAAUCACUGUUUAUCAUGCGUUGAUAGUAAUAAAAUAGUAAAUAAUUUUCAUAUAUGUGAAUGUAAAACAGGUUGGAUUUUUAAUACUGACGGCAUUACAUGUAUCUAAUGCUAACAACAAUGUAUUAGUUGUAUAGAAACAUCAAGCAUAUUAAUAACCUGAAUCUUGUAAAUGCCUAUCUGGAUGGAUAUUUGAUGAUAAUUACUUAUGCAUACCUUGCAAAGAACCAUGUAAAACUUGUGAGAUAUCUACGUCUAAGUGCUUGACUUCUUCAGAUCCUCAUCAUGAACUCAAUAACAUAUAGUAAUGUGUUUGCAAAUCAACUUUUUAUUCUAAUACUUUAACAACAUGUUUAAAGUGUGAAUUACCUUAUUUUGAAUGUGAUACAAAUGGAUCAAUUGCAUAGAUAUAAAUCAAAUCCUAGAUUCCAAUAAGUAGUGUAUUUGCAAACCUGGAUAUCUCUAACAAAAUAACCUAUGUCUUUAAUGUCAAAAUCCAUGUGCUACUUGUACCAAUACUGUUAAUGAAUGCCUAACAUGCUUAGAUCCUAAUUAAAUAAUCAAAGAUUAUAAAUGUUUAUGUAAAGUAGGGUUUAUAUAGAAGGGAGAUCAUUGUUGUGAUAAAAAUUGCAUAGAUUGUUAAGGAAUAGAUAAUUGUAGUAAUUGUGUAAAAGGAUUUUAUCUUUCUGUGGCUAAUAAAUGUCUAUAAUGUAUUAGCAAUUGCAAUAUUUGCUAAAAUCAAAUUGAUUGCUAAGUUUGUUAGGUAGGAUACUUUAUAAAUUAAUCAACAUAUUGUGAAGCAUGUGUUCCUUCUUGUAAAAUAUGUGGCAAUUCAUUAAUUUGUGAUAUGUGCUUUAAUGGAUAUUUUAUGCUGGAUUAGAAAUGUGAACCAUGCAAUCAAAAUUGUCUAACUUGUAAUGAAUUAUCCAAAAAUGUAUAACUUGUAGAUCCAAUUAUGA